AUGUGCUUCCCCCUAUCCCUGCUGCUACUGCCACUUUAUCAAGGGGUCGUCGGCCACCUGCCCCCUCCGCCUGACCUGGGACGGGACCGAGGAACUGGAGUCGGCUCCCCUCCCCUCACAACGUCCCCAUUCCUGGAGGGUCCCGGGGCCCUUGCUUUCCUCCACCACCGACUUCGGGUCCCUCGGGCCAAUCACUGGGACCUGGAGCUACUGACCCCGGGGAACCUGGAGCGAGAGUGUAUAGAGGAACGCUGUGACAAGGAGGAGGCCCGGGAGUUCUUUGAGGACGACGUUAGCACGGAGCUUUUCUGGGAGUCGUACGUCUUCAACGGGAAAGGUGGAGGUGGCCUUGGGAAGGGCUUGGACGUGGCUGGGCUGACCGUGGGGCUGACGGUCGCCCUGCUGCUGCUGCUCUUGACGGGGCUGGGAGUCUACUGGUACCUGAGCUGUUACCGGGGCCGUGCACGACGCCCCAGUGGGUCCUGCAGGGCGGGGCUGGUUGUAGAGGAAAUACCCCUGCGCUCGCCGCCGCCGCCGCCCGCCACGUCCGUCUCUACCGUCCCGCCGCCCGACCUGCCCCUCGCCCCGGGGCUCCCGUCCUACGAGCAGGCCCUGGAGGCCUCGGGCGUCCACGACGCGCCGCCGCCCCCUUACCACGGCAAACCACCCCAACGGCCUCGCCGAGGAGACCCCGCCCCACCGCUCCCACCGACCAACCCGUAGGCUUCACGGACGGAGACCCCCCGCCCACCGAC